AUGCAGAAGGACCCCCGUCCCAGAGAACUCGGCUUCGGCCGGAAGGCUGGAAGGAGAAGGAAAAAAAAAAAAAAAGUCUCGCAACCGCAGGGCGAGGAGGGGACGGCCGGUCCGGCCCUUCCCGGGGCGCAGGCGGAGCGCGCCGCGGGCGAUGUCCCAGCGGGCCCUGCCUGUCCGGAGCCCGGCUCCGCGGCCGGCGGCGUCCCCAAGGUGCCCGCGAACGUGAGGCACCCAUCGGCCCCUCCAGUGCCCGCAGAAAAGGCCUUGGAGGGCUCCCCGGAGUUUGCAAAGGGGAUCAACGAAGUGCGAGUCACACCCGCCCCGGAGGAAAGCUCAGACUGGUCCUGCUGCCGCCCGAACCCCGGGGGCCCGUGCCCUCCCAGCGGACUUCUCCCCAGCGGCCAUCCGCUCACAGAUGACCCUGUGUGA